AUGGCCCGACCUUGGACCCGCCAGGGCGAGGCGCAUCAACGAAACCGCGCCCAAAUGCUCAAUACCCGAAACAAGACCACCAGACGCGUAUGUUUAUGUGUCGGAGCACGAUUAACCUGUCGAGUGUCAUUGUCGAGCAUCCACAAGCAUGUCCUGGGCCAGGGACGAGGCAGUGAACGCGUCUACAAGCUGCGGCUGGACGUCAUGCACCUACGCCCCCAAGACGCCAACAUUGAACCGGAAAAGCCCGCGCAAAGUUCAACCCAACCGACAAAGCGCAGAUCAGCUCAUUCAGACCUCAAUCCGAACAGCCGAUCACUCAAGCAGACCAUUGACCAAAUUUGCAAGACGAUCGACAGGGUUUUGAACGGAGAACUGGCCAACUGGCUCGAAAACACGGGCAAACGAGAAACCAUCCUCAAGUUUGGUUGGCUGAUUGCUGAUGAUGAGCUCUUUGGCUACUAUGACUACUUUUUGAGCUUUGUAGAGCUUGGCGCCGCCUGGGAGACCCAGAACAUUGUUGAUUCCUUGCACCAUUCGAACAUUUCAAGUUAG